AUGAUCGGCCAGCACCACCCGAAGAGGUUCGUCGGAUUGUGCUUGAAGCUAGAAACAAAAACCUGCUACUCGGAUGCGACGUCAACCCAAGGCACUCUCUAUGGUCCAGUUCGGAAACGAAUGAAUGAGAACGGCGACUCUUAUCUGAAAGGCUUUCUACGUCUAUUGCGAAAUAAAGGCUUCAGAGCAGAUAUUGAUAUGGACUCGCAGAUUGUGGGCUCACUACUGAUGCAACAAACACCAGAGAAUAUAGACUGGCGUGAAAAAGGCAUCAAAACGCAGCCGGAUAAUCAAAAAACCUGCGGCUCCUGUUACGCUUUUAGCAUAGCUAGGAACAUUGAGGGGCAGGUAUUCAAGCGAACCGGGCGCCUGUUACAUCUGAGUCCGCAGCAGAUUGUAGAUUGUAGUGUAUCGCAUGGUAAUCAGGGUUGUACUGGUGGAUCUUUACGGAACACAUUCAAAUAUUUGCAGGAUACUGGUGGUUUAAUGCGGGAACAGGAUUACAAAUAUGUUUCAAAGGUAAAUUGUUUAGAUGUAUGUAUCCAAAACACCAAUUACCAAAUUUUAAAAAACAUCGAAGAUUGAACAUUUGAUUACAUUGGGCCGGUACCUGUCUCCAUAAAUGCCAGUCGACGCACUUUUCAGCUUUACAGCGAUGGUAUUUACGACGACGACUCUUGCUCUUCAGACACGGUCAACCAUGCUAUGCUUGUUGUGGGCUACAACAAAGAUUAUUGGAUUCUAAAGAAUUGGUGGGGCGAAUUGUGGGAAGAGAAUGGGUAUAUGCGUUUACGUAAGGGGAAAAAUUUGUGUGGUGUUGCUAACUAUGCAGCCUAUUCUAUUGUUCAGUGACUCUGGAAUUUUUACUUCAUAAUAUGGGAUAUAUGGGAUUAUGGACAAAAUAAAAUGAAAUGAAAGCCAAACCAUGAACCAAUACGAAAAAAAAAAAAAAAAAUUUCAUAAACAUUUGAUAAUUGAAAGUAGAAAAUAACUUUUCCUAGACUAAUAUAUCUAAUUAAUAAUUGUGAAGGUUAUCGCUGUUUUUGUGGAGCCCGUUUCGCCAGAAGUCCCUUGCGGCGAUCAUCACAAGUUCUUGGAGAUUCAUCUAAAAUCAAUCGGACAAGAGAAAUUAGUUUUAUUAAUAGAUAAUCUUGUACCUGUCGAAGCUUUUUUUCCAAAUUAACAAUAUUGCGGUCUCAGCAAAUAUUUUUAAGAUUUUCGAGAAAAAAAACCGACAGUUAAUUGUUUAAUAAAAUGGAAAUUUUUGAAAAAAACAAAAAUCCUUCGAUCAGGUACGAGUUUUUUAGUGGUUUUUAGUUUUAGUGGUUUUUAAGUUACAGUGAUCACCAGUUCAAAAAACAUAGUUUUGAGGAAAACGCAUUUAAAGUUUUGCUGUUGAUUUAGGAGCACCCUAGCGCCCUUUGUUAAUUGUUGAAUAACUCAAAAAGUAUUUGUCUGAUUCACUUCAAAUUUUUCCACAACAUUUUUAUACUUUAAGAAAAUGCAAACAAAAAAUUCAAUUUUUUGAAAAUUCUGACUACCCCUAACCCGUUAUGUGAUUCAAGAAAAAAGUAAUUUUCUCUCUGUAAUAAAAAAAAAACACAACAGGUGAGAAAUAACACUCCGGGAUGAAAUACUAUCACAGCUUAAAGGUAGGCUUAAAUUAACCAAGAUUUUAUUGAAAGACAAUAUUAACAAAGUACCAAACUACUGCGUCUACUACGAAAACUGAUUGCAAUAUACCAACAAGGCUCAUUUAACGUAUUUAAAAAAGCUUCAGCCCAUAUAAAACAUAAAUAAAUAAAGAAUUGGCGAGUACACCGCAACCUUCACUUUUCCGAGCUGGGUAAAUUUUCCAGGCUGGGAAGAGGUCUUAGACGUUACUUUAUGCACAAACAAUAACUCCCACAUAGUCAAAAAUUAGAGGGUAUCCGACAAGAAAUCCUUUUCGGACCAUAGUUGGAUUCUCUUCGAUAUCAAUCUCGAGCUAGAGAAACCGACCCCAUAUAGAAACCCUAGAAAAACGAACUGGCACAUAUUCUAGUCUGGCAUAUGGCACAGUAUAGAGAUCCCUGGACGGUCGAGAGCUCGCAUCUGGAUACCGAAGAUGAAGUUCGAAACUAAGCAGCUAAUCCCAUACCUACAAGCACACAACCGCACUGUUCCGAUGGAUGACUGGAGCAUCAUCAAAGCGGAGGCUCCGCAAAAGAACAGUGUGGCCUUCCUUCUCCACAUAUCGGAGAAGGGCAUCGAGCCACUGGGAAAAGGGGACAACAAACUUCGGUUCGACGUGAGGAAAGCGCAACUGAAGAUAUUCUGUUCUGCAAUUCCGGAGGAUGAGCAGAAUGAAGUUGACGGCGCCAACGAGUUUCUCACGGGCAUGCAACUUGACGACGCCGCUCCUACCAAAAACGAUGGCGUUAACGAGCAGCACCAUGGGUCUCCAAAUAAACCUGCAGCACUCGCGGAUUGCAACGGACAACCCAACCGUUCUUCUGGCGGAGAAGUACGUCGACAUCGCACUAAUCCAGGAGCCUUGGCUGCGGAACACCGAUUUGAAGGGGUCGACUGGAAAAAACCACAGCCUCUUCUACAAACGGACUGAAGGAUGUGACAGCUGUUGAGGUGGAAACCGCGGACGGUGUCGGCAUAAUACAGGCUUCCAUCUACAUGGCACAUGAUCGGCCAGCACCACCCGAGGAGGCUCGUCGGAUUGUGCUUGAAGCUAGAAACAAAAACCUGCUACUCGGAUGCGACGUCAACCCAAGGCACUCUCUAUGGUCCAGUUCGGAAACGAAUGAAUGAGCAACACAUGUGAGAGAAAAUUUUUUUAAUGAAAAAUAACAACCACCCUAAUAUGGAUGUGAACAUCUUUAUAAAUAUCAGUUCAAAACACGAUUUGCUGAAUCGGCGUAUUAUACCCAACGUACCUUGACUCAAGUCGUAUAUGCGCUUUUCUCUGAGCCAGGCAAAUUGAGGGCAGUGUCCAUUAACAGUUCUUAUUGAAAUGGUCAUAUGUUUUGUUUGGACCGCCGUUUGUAUUGCAGUAAGUUCAGCAGUUCUUGAAUACUCUUCAUUUCAUGAGUUCAAGAAUGCCUUCAAUAAGAGUUACAUGCAUGCAUUUGAUGAGUAUCGGAGUAAAGAGGCCUUCGAACAAAACGUCAAUAUUGUGCGGCAGCAUAAUAAAUUGUAUGAGAAAGGCGAAAGUAGCUAUCGUUUAAGGACUAAUAUAAUGGCUGAUAUGGUAAUAUAUUAUUGUAUUUUAUCUUAUAUGCACAAUAAACUGGGUCGGAAAAAAAAUUUCAAAAGUCCUCCCCUGUAUUUAAAGCUCAUGUCAACGGGAUUUACGUUUCAUAAAAUGUUUUAAAAUUGUUU